UCCACUGUCUGUACUCAGUUUGUGCAGCACAUAGUCUCAUUUUGGAUCAAUUACCUAUCAGGGUAUUUCUAUCGUCUUUCACAAUGAUGGUGAAGAAAUACUUCCUGUAAAAGACAUACAGGAACUAAAAAGAGGAAGGCCAAGCGAAAGAAAGUGUACAGAGUAGUGAUGGACACGUCAGAUACGACCUGCAGUCCACUUAUCGUCGCGAAUGGUGAUUAUCCGGUACGGUGCAGUGAGGAAGUACUUCUCCCUUUCUUCACAGAUGAGAGUCUGCAGGUCGCCAUGGACUCAGAACACCCUCCUGCUCUCUCAGAACUUAGACUGGUCCUUCUGGGCAGGAAAGGAGCGGGAAAGAGUGCAGCAUGCAACACCAUUUUGGGAGGAGGGUUUGAGAGUGGGAAGCCCACGGAGGAGUGUGUGAAAAGGCGAGCUGAUGUGGCAGGGAGAAAAGUCACGGUGGUGGACACUCCAGGGUGGGAGUGGUACUACCCCCUCAACAGCACCCCGAACUGGGUGAGGAGAGAGACUUUGCGGAGUGUGUCACUUUGUCCUCCUGGACCCCACGCUGUGCUUCUGGUGGUGCGAUCCUGCGCCUCAAUAACAGAGGACUACAUCAGCGAGAUAGAGGAGCACCUGGAGCCACUGGGAAAAGAAGUUUGGGAGCACACCAUGCUGCUGUUCACAAGGGGAGACGAACUAGGCCUGAUGUCCAUGGAGCAAAGAAUCCAGUCGAGUGGGCCAGCGCUCCAGAGACUCCUCCAGAAGUGCAGGAACAGAUACCAUGUUGUGAAUAACCGGAGCAAAGGAGAUGGCACGCAGGUGAAAGAACUGAUAAGAAAACUUGAGGUGAUGGUGGUGAGGAAGAAGGAUGGGAGCAGUCAUAUAGAGAUGGAUAAUACGGUUCUGUUGGGCCUGGAAGCAGACGGGAAGAGGAGAGCGAGGGAGAGGAGGAAGAAGCAGAGGCAGAUGGAGGAGCAGAUGCAGAGAGGGGCCAUCAAAGCUGCUCUAAUGAGCGAUGGUGUUCAGGGUUCCGAGCUGGACGCCCACCAUUCGUUCUCCAAGGUUCCCCGACGUUUACUAGAAGUCAGACUGGUUCUCCUGGGUGAGCGUGAAACAGGAAAGAGUUCUGCCGGGAACACCAUUCUGGGAAAAACUGGUGCCUUCCAUGCGGGGGCGGUAACAGAGGAGUGCUUCCGUCAGCAGGCUGAGGUGGCUAUGCGGCUGGUGACUGUGGUGGACACUCCAGGCUGGGAGGGAGGCGUAGCGGGUGCCACGCCUGAGAGGGUGAAGAGGGAGAUUGUCAAUAGCGUGGCCUUGUGUCUGCCAGGGCCCCAUGCGCUCCUGUUGACUCUUAGGGUGGAUACACUGGUGAUGGCGGGACAUGUGAGGGAACAUCUGGAGCUUCUGGGCGAGGGUGUAUGGAGACACACGAUAUUGCUGUUCACCCAUGGGGACCAGCUUCGACAGGGGGUGGAUAUUGAGCAGCACAUCCAGAGUGGGGGCAGAGAUCUCCAGUGGCUGCUGGAGAAGUGCAGGGGCAGGUACCAUGUCAUCAGCAGUGUAGAUGGAGGAGGAAGAGGAAAUGGAGGCUCCAGUAUGGUGACAGAGCUCCUGCAGAAGGUGGAAAAGAUGGCUGCAAUGAACAGGUGUGAGGCUUUCUCUGGCAUGGUUCACGAGGUCAGGGAUCUGAGCCAGCAAAGGAACGAGAAGUUCAACCAGCGCCUGAAGGACAUUGGAGAUAAAAUGCUUCGCCAGGAGGCAGAGUUGAAAAAAAUGAGAGAGAGGGAGAUGAAGAGCAUCAGGUGGUUUUUUGACAGGAAGAAAAAGGUGAAAUCACCUGGAAAGACUGAUGUUCAAAGGGAAGAAGAGGAGGAUGAGGACAGGAGGAUUGGAGAAAGGAAGAUUGAUAUUGGGGAGCUAGAGGAGAGGAUGCGAUGGCUGACAGAGGAUAAAGAAAGAGAAAUUCAGGAUCUGAGCAUAGAGAAAGAGAGAAUACGCGUAGAACUAAACCAGAGUAAAAGAGAAAAGGAAGAGGCGAUGCACAACCUGGAGCUAAAAGAGACAGAGAUUGAGGAGCUGAAAGAAAGAAUUGACGAGCAGCAACUGAAGCUGCUCAACCUUGAACGUGUCAGUGCAGAAAAUGAACAUGAAAGAAAACAGAGGGAGGAUACCAUUAAAGCGCGAAAACAAGAGUGGAUAAGGGAGGUCAAGAAAUUGGAAGAAAACACAGAGCUGCAAAAGAAAGAGAAAGAAGAGUGGAUGGAAAAAGUUGACUCUUUAAAAACAGAAAUGGACGAGAUUAAAAGACACUAUGAUAAUGUUCUCGAGAGAAGAGUAGAAGAAAAGAAACAGGAGAUGGCAGAGCUGGAGGACAAACUAAAAACAGAGAUGGAAAAUAAACUCCUUGAAAAAGACAAAGAGCAGGAAGAACUGAGAAAGAAAGCAAUGGAGGAAAAGCAGAUAACUCUUGAUAACGUAAAACAAUAUGAAAAACAAAUGGAGGGGAAAGUGGAAGAAAUGAAAUCACAACAUAAGAAGGAGAUAGAGAGAAAAAUGCUUGACAAAGAGACAGAGAUACAGGGCAUUAAACUGCAGCAACAGGACAUGGAGAAAACUAUGGAAACAAUGAAAAUUCAACACAAAGAAGAAAUCGAUCAGAUGAUGAAAAACUAUGCAGAAGAUAAAGAAAGGGUCAAACAACAGCAUGACAAUAAAAUAAGGGACAUUCAGCAAGAAAAGCAGAAAGAGAUUGCAGAGCUGAAAGGGCAGUUUGCAAAAGAAGCAGAGGAACAAAUGCUGGCUAAAAAGAGAGAGAUAGCAGAGUUAGAACAAAGUUACCUCGUCCAAAUGGAAGGGAAAAUGCUAGAAAAUAAAGAAGAGAGGGAAAUUAUUCAUCUAAAGCUCAAGAAAGACAUGAUACAAAAGAUGCAAGAGAAAGAAAAAGAGAUAGAAGUGUUAAAACUGCAGCAUCAGGAAGAAAUGGCAAGAAAAAUGAAAGAGAUGGAAAAAGUAAUGGAGGCGAGGAGAGCUGAACACAAGGAGGAAAUAGAUAGAAAAGUGAAAGAAAAAGAGGGAGAUAUGGAAAGGCUCCAACAAGAGUACAGUGAUAAAAUAAGGGACAUAGAGCAAGAAAGGCAACGAGAGAUUAAAGAGCUGAAACAGCAGUUUGCAGAAGACAUUGAGAAACAAAUGCAGGAAAGGCAAAGCGAGAUAAGAGAGCUAGAGGAAACUUAUGCCACCCAAAUGAAAGAAAAGGUGCUGGAAAAUGAAAAAGAGAAGCAAUUGAUAAUUGAAAAUCAUGAAAAAUACAUUUUGCAAAAAGGGCAGGAGAGAGACCGACUAAUAGAGGAGUUAAAACAUCAGCACAUCAAUGAAAUCAAAGAAACAAUACAAGAAUGUGACAUGGAAAAAGAAACAAUCAUUAUGAAUCUCAAGAAAGAGAACGAGCAAAGACUGGUGGAAAAAGAAAGUGAAAUAAAAGUGAUUAAAGAACAGUUGCGUCAGGCAGAAGAUGAAAGAGAAAGAGAUAAUUUAAAUCAUAAGAAACAGAUGGAGCAAAAGCUGGAGGAGAAAGAGAAAGAGAUAGAAGAGAUAAAACUAAAUGUCAAAGAAACAAAGGAAAAGCUGCAACAAAAGGAAGAGAAAGAAAUAGACAAUUUAAAGAACAAGUUAGAAAUGGAGCAACAGCUCGAAGAAAAAGAGAAAGAAAUAGAGGAGAUGAAAUUAAAUGUGAAAGAGGUGAAAGAAAAGCUGCAACAAAAGGAAGAGAAAGAAAUUGAUCAUUUAAAUGAUAAGAAAGACCUGGAGCAAAGACUGGAUGAAAGAGAAAGAGAAAUAAAAGUGAUAGAAGAACACUUAAAAGAAGUUGAACAACAGUUGCAGCAGACAAAAGAGGAAGGAGAGAGAGAUCAUUUGUAUCUCAAGAAACAGAUUGAGCAAAAACUCGAAGAAAAAGAAAGACUGAUAGAAAAACUGAAUCAACAUAUAAAGGAUAUUGACGAAAUCCUGCAAAGAAAAGAAGAAGAGAGAGGAGAAAUUAUUCUGAAUCAAAAGAGAGAGGCUGAGCAGCGACUGCAAGACAGAGAACAGGAGAUGGAGGAGAUGAAACUACUGCUUUUAAAUGACAUGGAGGGAAAACUAAAAGAAAAGGAAACUGAGAUCGAAAGUCUUAAACAACAGGCCGACUCCAGGGAGACGAGAUGGAGGGAAGAGCAGAGGAAGAAGGACGAGAGAGGAGAAACUGAGAUGAACCAACUGAUAGAAAUCAUUGACAAGAAAACAAAAGAAAUAAAACAAGCAGAAUGUCUUCUUGCAGAGAGAGACAGCGAGAUUACCGAGACAAAGAAGGCAUGUGCGAGCUACUUGAAAGAAAUUGAAGAGCUGAAAGAAAGCAUUAAAAACCAAACCUCCAGUAUCAUCGAGAUACAGCAGCAACACACAGAGCAGGGAAGGAAGAAAGAUGCCGAAAUUAUGGAAAAACUUCAGGAGAAAGACGAAGAACUCGACACGCUGAGGCAGAGAGACAGAGAGAGUGAGAAAGAGCUCGUCCAACUGAGGCUAACAAUCGAGCAAACAAAGUCUGAACUGAAGGGGCUCAACAGCAAGAUGGAAAAGGAGAUGACGAGUAUGAUUCAGGAGUACGAAAAGCAGAUUGCGAGACAGAACAAGGACAUAGAAUCCAUCGCAAAGGAGAAGGACUGCGCUAUAAGUCGUUUGGGGGAAGAAAGUCAGCGAAGGAUCUCAGACGUGACAGAGAAAUAUGAGGAAAGUCGGAGGAGAGUUGAAGAGCUGCAGGAGCAAAAUGAGAAGAUGAGAAAAGAGGCGGACAAUCUUAAAAUAAAGUGUGAGGAGGUGAAGAGGGAGAGUGAAGAAGAAGUUAGAAAACAUCUGAAGGGAUAUGAAGAGCAGGUCAAGAGCAUAGAAGGAGAAAUCCAGAGUAUUCUUAAAGAGAGAGAUGUGGAGGUCAGGGGGUUAAAGGAGACGAAUGACAAGCUGCAAGUCGAGAUAGAAAGGAUGAAAGAGAGAGAAGGUGAGGCAGAAAAGCAGAUUAAUGAAAUGAGAGAGCACUUCCAGACACAGCUGAAGGAGAAACAAAGUGAGUUCAGAAUUAAGGACGAGGAGAUCGAAAAGGAAUUCCUGAAAAGGGAAAAAGAUGUUGUGGAAAGGAAGCAGGUUCUGAGUAGAAAUGAAGAAGAGCUAAGCAAAAGAGGACAUGAACUCGAUGCAAAAGAGGAAGAGCUUGUUGAAAAAGAGGCAAAGUUGGAAAGUAAGGAAAAAGAACUCAGUGAAUGGGAAGCGAGUCUAGAAAAACAGCAAAAAGAAAAAAAUAAACACGAGCAAGAGGUAAAAACGAGAGCGCAAAAUGUCGAGAAAAAGGAAAAGGAGCUAGAAAGCUUGCUUAGAGCUCUGGAAGGCAAACAGAAAGAGCUGAGCUGUCAUGGCCAAGACCUUCAGAAGAAGGUUAGAGGGAUAAAAGAUCAGGGGAAAGAGCUGAAAGACAGGGAGUAUUAUCUAAGAAAUGAAGAGCAGGAGUUGCUCAACUGGAAGUCAGAGUUGCAGAUGCGAAAAGAGCACGUAAACUCUACAACGCAGGAGCUGGACGAGAUGGGGAGAGACUUGGCUUUGCUGAAGGAGGAACUUUACAACAAAGAGAAAAAAUUAAAGACGUCGCUUGAGAAAUUGAAGAAAUGGGAACAGAAUCUUACAGAACGGGAGGAAGGGUUGCUCAAAAGAGAGACAAGAGGUUUAGAGAAUGGACAGCAUGAGGUUGAUGACAAUGGGAGAGUCCAUGGGAGGGAUGUUUUUGAUCUGACAGUUGAGAGCUCAGAAGACGACUUGCAUUUAGUGUACCAGGAAGUAAGUGAGAGAAGGGGAAAGGGCAGAGGAAGAGAGUCAGAUAGAGGAGAGAACACAAAGGAUGGGGAGGAUCAGAGGAUGAAAACAGCAUUGUCAGCUGCAGAGAGCAAUAACUGUCAACCUGAAACACUAAAAGGGAUCAGGACGGCUGAGGAAAAGGAAGGGACGAGAAAGAAAAGAGACAGAGAGGACUUGAAAAAGGCAGAGGUCAAUCAAGAUUUCCAGUUUUUAUCUACAAGUCAGGGUCACAGAAGCACAAACAACAAAGAGCCUCCAGGGUCAGAUUUGAGGGUGAUGGUGUUAGGGGAGUCCUGGUCGUCUCACUCCCCAGCCGGAGUCACCAUCCUGAGUGGAGAGGCAUCCAAACACGAUGGGUCUAACUUCAGGCCCUGGAGAGGUCAGAUAGCUGGACGACGCCUCGCCGUCGUAGAACCGCUGGGUCUGAGAUGGCGGGACGGACCAGAUCAGACCAACAUGAUGCAGAGGAAAAGCAUCCAUGACAGUAUCUCCUGGUGUCACCCAGGACCUCACGUCGUCCUCCUGCUCAUGCCGGCCUUCCUGACCUGCACACGGAAGUACAGGAGAGCCGUAGAGGAGCACAUGAGUUUGUUGGGGGAAGACAUUUGGCAGCGCACACUGGUGCUGUUCACAUGGGGGGAAAUAUUAGGGGAGAGCGCAGAACAGCACAUCCUGAGGAACGGGGAGCUAAUGGGACUCGUAGAGAGAUGCGGGGGCAGGUAUCACGUACUGACCAGCAAGAAAAGCAACUCAAUGAUUGAGGGAUUAUUUGAGAAAAUGGAGGAUAUGGUGGCUUUGAACUGCAUGUAGAACCGUGAUGAGAGACUGUGAAUUUAUCAUGUAAAAAAGGUGUUUUUCAUCAUGUUAUGUGAAUAUUUUUCAAUAAAUGUAACCAGAGGUGUGAAA